CCAAAUAACAGUAACUAAAGCGAUCCCUCACUACAACGGCGACGAUUUUAUUUAUCAAACAUAUUUAAAUGAUACAGCAACGUGUUGUCGUCGGUAUAGGAUAGAUUGCACGGCUGCGGCGGUGCCAUCACUUUGCAUCAAUGUAGUUAACGACGCGCGUGGUAGUAAUUUCUGAUGUCCAUAAUCUUUCUUUGCCGAUUCCUUCACCGUUCGUUCGUUCGAUUGUUGAUCCACCGCACACCACAUCAGAGACGGUGUGUGCUACUCUGCAGCUACCAACCAGCUGUUAGUUUUUGUGUUGACUUCGUCGGAGUAAAGACGUCUUUUCGGUCGCUCCGCCGCGUCUGUCCGUGUUUUGUUUUAAAUUCUUACCUUUCUGGUUCUUAUUCCUUUUCAAGUAUCCAGUCUCAGUCUAUACUAAGUGGUAUUGCUUUUUUUCUGUACUUGAGAGGUGUUCGGUCAGUGUACAAAUAUGGUCUGAAGCGCAUAAAAAAGUGAAAAAGUUUACGCAUAGAAGAACGAAAAUCAGCGCGCGCUCUCUGACGCGGAGCUCGCGGUGUUGGUGUUGACCGUUGGCAUCGACUGCACUGUGAGGGUUUUUUGUUGUAAAGUGCACAAAAAAGUGUUCCAAAAAUAAAAAGCCGGUGGUGAAGAGGCUUCUGUAACAGCAUCAGAAGGAAAAAUAACGACCAUUGGUGUAGUGUCGCGGAAACAGCAACAGCAACAACAACAACAACGAUGGCACUGCAUCAAAACAGUCAUGAGGUCGGCGUGCAGGAUUUUGUACUGCUCGAUGUGGUCACCAUGGAGAACUUCAUGGCCAACCUGAAGAAAAGGUUCCAAGCUGGCAUAAUUUACACAUACAUCGGCGAGGUAUGCAUCUCCAUGAACCCGUACCGCGAGAUGAAUAUCUACGGUCCGGAACAGGUCAGUCGGUACAAGGGUCGGGAGCUGUUCGAGAAUACGCCGCACAUCUUUGCGAUCGCCGAUGCCGCCUAUCGGGUGCACAAACAACGGAAUCAGGACACCUGCAUCAUGAUAUCCGGCGAGUCCGGAGCCGGCAAAACGGAAGCAUCGAAAAUUAUCAUGAAGUACAUCGCAGCCGUCACCAACCAGGGACAGCAGAACGACAUCGAAAGGGUAAAAAACGUCCUCAUCCAGAGCAACGCGAUUCUUGAAUGUUUCGGUAACGCCAAGACCAACCGGAACGACAACAGCAGCCGCUUUGGAAAGUACAUGGACAUCGAGUUCGACUACAAGGGCGAUCCGAUGGGUGGAAUAAUUACAAAUUAUUUGCUGGAAAAAUCACGUGUCAUACAGCAGCAUCCGGGCGAGCGGAAUUUCCACUGCUUCUAUCAGUUGUUGCGCGGUGCAUCAGACGCUGAGUUAAGUCAAUUCAAACUGAAUAGAGAUCCUGUACAGUACCACUACACUAACCAGGGAAGUGUGGAAGUUUUGUCAGAAAAAUCCGAUUACCGGGUCACCACUGCUGGCCUCAAAGCGCUCGGUUUCAGCAGCAAUGAACUAACAAUGGUGUGGCGAAUCGUAGCCGCUGUGCUACAUCUGGGAAACAUCCACUUCAAAUCUCAAGAUGAGCAGAUCCAGAUAGCCAACCGCAACACCUUGUCCACUGCCGCAAAGCUUUUGCAUGUGACUGACGAAGAGAUGCAGCGAUCGCUGACGGAACGAGUGAUAGCAGCGCGUGGAGAGAUCAUGACCAAAACGCACGACAUCGAACAGGCCGAAUUUGGGCGCGAUGCGCUCGCCAAAGCUGUGUACGAUCGACUGUUCACGUGGAUCAUCCAACGGAUUAACAAAGCUAUUGUCGUACCCGGCGGAAAUACCCAGAAACGGUACAACCGUGUUAUAGGGGUGCUGGACAUCUACGGAUUUGAAAUUUUUGAUCAGAACAGUUUUGAGCAGUUCUGCAUCAAUUAUUGCAACGAAAAGUUGCAACAGCUGUUUAUUGAGUUGGUACUGAAGCAAGAACAGGAAGAAUAUCGACGAGAAGGCAUCAAGUGGACCAACGUGGACUAUUUCAAUAAUCAAAUAAUCUGCGAACUAGUCGAACAACCGCACAAGGGAGUGAUAUCCAUCAUGGACGAAGCUUGCCUAAAUGUAGGUAAAAUAACCGACGAAAUGUUGCUGGACGCCAUGGACAAGAAACUUUCCCAUCAUCCGCACUACAGUAGCAGACAGCUGAAACCGAUGGAUAAGGAGUUGAAGCACCGACAAGAUUUCCGUAUUACGCACUACGCUGGAGAUGUUAUCUAUUGCGUUCACGGUUUUAUCGAAAAGAACCGGGACACACUGUUCCAAGACUUCAAGAGGCUUCUCUACCAUUCUAAAGACAAUUUGAUCACUUCUAUGUGGCCGGAGGGAGCUCAGGAUAUAUCAAAAACAACCAAGAGGCCACUGACGGCCGGAACGCUGUUUCAACGUUCAAUGGCUGAAUUGGUCGCGACACUGUUGAAAAAGGAACCAUUCUACGUCCGCUGUAUCAAACCCAAUGACAUCAAAAGUGCCUCCGUAUUUGACGAUGUCCGCGUUGAGCAUCAGGUGCGCUAUCUUGGUUUAUUGGAGAACGUACGGGUCCGCAGAGCCGGUUUCGUCCAUCGACAACUGUAUGAAAAAUUCCUGCUAAGGUACAAAAUGAUUUCUCAGUACACGUGGCCUAACUUCCGAAGUGGUUCGGACAGGGAUGGAGUCAAGGUGUUGAUCAACGAAAAGAACUUCAGUCACGACGUAGAAUUCGGCAAAACGAAGAUCUUCCUGCGCUCCCCUCAGACGCUUUUCUCGCUUGAGAAACAACGCAACGACAUGAUUCCGCACAUUGUAACACUGUUGCAGAAACAGGUCCGAGGCUGGAUCUGCCGACAGCAGUACAAGAAGAUGAAGGCUGCGAUCGUAAUUAUGCGUCAUUACCGUAAAUACAAACUGAAAAGCUACGUACAGGAGCUGGCCAUGCGCUUCCGUAACGCUCGCCAAAUGCGAGACUACGGCAAAAGCAUUCAGUGGCCACAACCUCCCCUGGUGGGACGUGAAGCGGAGAAGCAACUUCGGAUGCUAUUCUCCCGCUGGAGAGCAGCAACGAUUCUUCGAAAGUAUCCGCGGGAAGAGUGGCCCCAGCUUCGGUUGCAGAUUAUCGCCGCGAGUGCGUUCCGCAAGCGGCGCAAGUUCUGGGGUCAAGACCGUCGCUGGUUGGGAAACUACCUGUCGAUUACAGCGGAGAACUCCAACUAUUCAUCAUACAAUGCCAGUAUUAAUAAUAUUAAGAACACCGACAACUUCCGGGUGGUACUGUUUUCAGGUUUCGUAAAAAAGUUCAACAAGUGCAACAAAUCGGCUGAUCGGGCGGUCAUUGUGACCGACGCAGCCAUCUACAAGCUGGAUGGGCCGAAGAACAAGUUCCGUAACAUGAAGCGAACCAUUGCCAUCAAGGAGAUAACUUCGAUUAGUGUAAGCCCCGGAAGGGAUCAGUUAGUUGUUUUCCAUUCGCAUCAUAACAACGACCUGGUUAUAGCCCUACAAGGGGAACAACAUCCACUUAAGGAAGACCGCAUUGGAGAGAUAGUGGCACAUGUGUGCAAGCGGUAUUAUGAAUUGUGCAAUCAAGACCUGCCGGUGACCGUGUCUCCGACGUUCCAGCUCCGGUUAGGCAACAAAAUGCGCACGUUAAGCGUGGAGGCCGUCGCGGGCGUCGAAACGCCUGCAUUCGAACAUUCCGGAGCUGUAAUCGUUUUCAAGGUUCCUUCGUCGUACUGCAGUGCGAUUUAAUCCGAAAGGUAUCUAUCGUUGAGUUGAAUACAUGUGUACUUUGUAAGAACAAAAUUAAUUUGUUUUUUUAUUCUGUUAAAUAACGCAAUCGUGCAUGUACUAAAUAUAAGAACAGUAUUUUUAUGCAUUGUAAUACUGAAUAAAAUCAUUGAGAGGUAAAACAAAAACAAAAAAGUAAGGAUAUGAUCCCGCGUGAUUGUUACGAGAACUAUACCUUGUUCUUAGAUUUAGCAAUCAAACAAUAAGUACUGAACUAACGAUCGCUUGUACUUAUAAACCGUUAAUUUUCACUCGUAUUGAUCAAUUUCAAUUCCUUUAGUGCCAUUGUACGAUUACAGAACACAUCGGCUUAACUUUGUUAGCAUUCAAAUGGCAAUAGAAAUGGAUAUUUCAAAAUAUUGUGAUAAUAAAAAAAAUCGAUAUCAUGUAAACUCUUGACCAGAAAUAUAUUUUUCUUCUGAAAAAUACGAUUUAAUUCACAGCAAAAAAAAAACACAGAAAACGAUCGAUUGUAAAUAUUUUAACUAUUUAUUUGCUGGACAUGAAACGAUUAGUCAUUUUUUUAAAAUAGAGAUGCUAGGAAAGUGAGAUCGCAAUUACCGGUAGGCAUUAUUACGCAUUAUUGGUUGUUUGUCAACCUUUGACGCAACGCAGGUUAAAAAAGCAUUUUUACUGUAAAUUUUUUAUACAAAUAAAAUAGAUUUAAGCUGUGCCUUUCUGCUAAACCAUAGUAAUCAAAAUUACUUUUACUUAUACAACAUUGUACUUCUGCCCGUAUUUUUUUUUAAUAAUUGGUAAAUAUAUUAUCUAAUAUUAGAUGUGAAUUGGAUAUUGAAAAAAUAA